CUGGCAAAAUUUCGGGCCACUCGAUUCCCUCACUCUCUUUCUCAAAACUCUCGUUGCUCUUUUUCUCCUCCUUCUACAAGCUGGCGACGCAUUGCGGCCAUGGCGGCCGCCGCUCUGAGGGCCUUUUACCAGAUUUCGAUUCCCAUCCCAUACCUUCAAAGCCAUAAGACAAAACCGUUCGUCUUCCAUACCUCCUCCCUUCACCUCUCAUUCCAUAUCGGCACUUCGCCAAAGCCCUCGUCGCAUAAGACCCUAGAAUCCCGACACGAUUCUCCUCAUCUCGCCCCCAUUUGCGUCAUCCUCCCCUUCUUCAACUCCUUCAGCGUAUUUGUCCGAUCUUGCCUUUGUGGCGGCGUCGCCGUGGGAGAUCACUAUGGCGGCGAUUAUGUGUGUAGCGGCGGCGUCGGCGCGCUACUAAUGAGUACCACCGCGGCUGCAGUUUCUAAGGCAAGGGCGAGUCCUUUCCUGUGGACAUUGGCGGGGAACCCAACGUUCGUCUCUGGACUUUUGGCGUGGGCGCUUGCUCAGACCAUGAAGGUGGCUUUGCAUUUCUUCGUGGAGAGGAAGUUGGAUAUGGGGAUUCUUUUCAGCUGCGGUGGGAUGCCUUCGUCUCAUUCUGCUCUAUGUAUGGCGCUGACGGCGUCUGUAGCCUUUUGGCAUGGAGUUGGGGACUCGCUUUUCCCUGUUUGCCUAGGAUUUAGUCUUAUUGUGAUGUACGAUGCAAUAGGGGUUCGGCGGCAUGCAGGGAUGCAAGCUGAGGUGCUUAAUAAGAUUGUUGAGGACUUGUUUCAAGCGCAUCCUUUAAGUAAAAGAAAACUCAAAGAGCUUCUUGGUCACACUCCAUCACAAGUACUUGCUGGGGCUCUUUUAGGUAUCUUGGUUGCCUAUAUUUGCUGUCAAAAUAUUAUUCCCAUCUAAAUAUUUUUAGGCAUUUUGAUUAGUGCAAUUAGUUUUGCCCACCAUUUUGUUUCUUCGCUAAAAUAUUUUCUCUGAAAUUUUUAAUAAACGGUUUAACUGCAAAUUUUUAGUGCAUUUCUCUUACAGUGGUCACAUGUUUUCUGGCUAAGUAAUGCUUGACUGUAAAUAAGAGCACUUUGGAUUAUAAGCAUAUUAAAUAGAAUAAAAAUAAAUUUAAUUGUUGUCAACGA